AUGUUUAAUAUUAGAGAACAACCUGAUUUUGAAAGUAUCAAGGAUCAAAAAUCUUUGGAAAUAGAGAUACGGCGAAGAAUCAUAGAUAAGACAGCCGAAAAAAAGCGACAUUUGCGUCAAAAGCAUAUUGAACGCAAAGAAGCAUUGGAAGCGGAACAACUUCAACACGCCAAAGCAGCUGCAGAUUUAAAAGUUCGACAACUUGAUCGCACGCAUCGACUAGCAGAAGAACUUGCACGUCGUAAACAGCUUGAGCUGCAAGAAUCUUUAAAGAUUAGAAAAAAGAAAUUCGCUGUAACUUUACCUAAAGAGAUUUUCGAAAAGUUAGAAACCGAUUUGAAGAAAGAAGAAUGGAAAGAAGAGGUGGUACAAGUGUCCAAUUUGAUCCCUCCAUGGAAUGUGAAAGAAGAUUUUAUAAAGCAACAGGAGGAGAAAUUAAAAUACAGAAGAGAUCUUCAAAAUCAGUUGAUCGAUAAUAGACGUAGAUUACGCGAGAAAGAGGAGGAGAAGCAUCCUCGAGAAUUUUGGAAAGAAAAGAGAAAGGAGAUUCUGAAGCAAGAACACGAUGAAAUCUCAAGGAUCGUUGCCAAGAGAGAAGCUCUGCAAAAGAGGGAAGCUGAGGGAAAGGUUGAUAUUCGUGCGGCGAAAGAUGUUUUGUUGGAGAAAAUGAUGAAAAAGUUAACGGAGGAAGAGUAUAAAAGAUUGGAACGAGAAGAAAUCUGUCGAGAAUUAUAUAUAGCAGAGAAAGAACAUCAAUUGAAAAAGGAAGCGAUUACAAUGGCAUUGAAAAAAAAACAAACUGCUAAAGAAUUCUUACAAGAAAUGGCAAGAACUCAGAAAAUUAUGGCCGAAAGAAAAGCGAAAGAAAUUGCGAUCGAUGUUGCUUUUGCUAAUUAUUUGAUAGAGGAACGAAAAAAGCAGGAGGAAAAAGAAAGAGAAAAGCAGGAAAUACGACGCGAAAAAAUUCUACGAUAUGGAAACGACUUGCGAAAGAUGAUAGAGGAAAGUAACAUAAAGCGUAUGAAAGAAUUAAAGGAAUAUUUACAAAUAGAAGAUAAUACGAAUGAUAAGACAUGCAAAAUUAAGAGUUUGUCGGAAUCAAUUCUUAAUCAAUCAAAAAAAACUUCGAACAAACCAGAAUUUAUGAACAAUGAUUCAAGAUAA